AGACAGUAAUGAGCAGCCCUGAUCCUGAAGCCCUGAGGCAUCACCUCUACAUGGAAUUCCCCAGAUUCCCCCACAGCCAUGUAUCACCCUGGCCUGCUGAGGAACAUGCCAAGUUCUUCCCCAGCUUUCCCAGCAUGCCCGAGUACCUGUCGCGCUUCGACAUGCUGCUGGCCGAGGACACGGCCUGGCUCGUGAGGAAGACGGAGGCGCCCACGCCUCUGACCAGGGACGAGCAGAUGACCCACUGCAAGGACGCGGGACAGUGCCCGGUGAUUGACAGUCCGGGGCGGGGUCUGUGUCCAGGGAUGAACGGGCAGGUGGAGGUGGAGGACAGGUGUUUGGAGCAGGUGCAGACUCUAGUGUUGGAGGAGGUGCUGAAGGAUAUCGAGACAGCCUGCAAACUGCUCAACAUCACGCCAGACCCUGCAGAGUGGACCUCAGGCCAGGUUCAGAAGUGGCUGCUCUGGACUGAACACCUGUACAGACUCCCGCCGGUGGGCCGGGCCUUCCAGGACCUGAGCGGCAGUGAGCUGUGCAUGAUGAGUGAAGACGAUUUCAGACAGAGAGCCUCACAGUGCGGAGAUGUGCUGCACGCACACCUGGACAUUUGGAAAUCAGCUGCCUGGAUGAAAGAGCGAUGUUCUUCUGAGAGCAACCACACAUUUCUUGGAGCAGAUGAGGUGUGUACUGAAGCCGACUCCUCCUGCACUGGUCAACCCAUCCACCUGUGGCAGUUCCUCCGGGAGCUGCUCCUCAAACCUCACAACUACGGACGCUCCAUCCGCUGGCUCAACAAAGAGAAAGGGAUCUUUAAAAUCGAGGACUCGGCUCACGUGGCCAAACUGUGGGGGAUCAGGAAAAACCGCCCGGCCAUGAACUACGACAAGCUGAGCCGCUCCAUCCGCCAGUACUACAAGAAGGGCAUCAUCAAGAAGCCGGACGUCUCUCAGCGACUCGUCUACCAGUUCGUUCAUCCAGUUUGAGACAACCUGAGAAGCUGAUUGGUGGACGGGAUCAAAGAUAAAACAAAAAAAAAUGAAACCAGAAACCAAAGACUUAGUGUUGUUUCAAUGGCUGGUGAAGAAUCAAUGGACUUUGACUUGAUUUUAAUCUUCAUCCAGCCACCCUAAGUGGUCCUGAGACCCUCAACACACUGAUUAUGGCAACCAUGAACAUUAGCAGUGACUGAUCAAUGAACAUUUUGUGAAUUAAUAACAAAAAAGGACUAAAAACACACAAAAAAACAAAGAAAAGACUCAGAGAGAACAAAGAGAAUUCUCAGAGAAUGAAGGCUUGACCCACUUUUAAGAGUCCAUUUCUUCUGCAUUUGUGUUUGACUUGUAAGUGCCUUACAAAUAGUAGCUACUAUUGCAGACACUCAUCAAUAAGUAGCUAGCUAUGCUAAUUCAACAUUCUAACAGCCUAUUUUACAUUGUUUACAGCUAUUUACAGCAUACUUACAGUACGUAGAUCCACCACUUUCCAUAGAAGAGGAGCUGCGUCUGUGGUUGAAGGAGCUAAAUUUAAAACGUUAGGAAAGGUGCUACGUAAAAUUAGGGAAAGAAUACUAAAAGUACAUUUUCAAUUCAUUGUGCUUUAAAAAAAUGCACAUUAAAUACACUUUCUCUGUAUUUCCAAAUAAUGUAAUCUUAUGCAAUAUGCUUUAAAUUAAACAUUAUGUUGAUAGAAAAUACUGUAUAUAUGUCUUGGCAUAAAAUAUUGCCAAAAAAAGUGCAGCAAUUCGGUUUCGAUACAUCAGCUCACAGACGCCCUCUACUCACCCAGGCCAACUGUGCUCUCUCAGGGCUCCACCAGCUGAUGGCAAGCUGCCUGACCUGGAUUCAAACCCUCAAUCUCCCGAUCAUAGUGGACCACUCUGCGCUCAUACAAUUGAAAUGUACUUUCAGUUCUCAAGUUGUUCUAAAAUAGUACAUUUAGUAUGUAUUUAAUUGUGUAUGAAUUUUAAUGCUAAAAUUAUGGACUUUUCCAUGUUAAGUAUACUUUAAAAAAAUAUACUUAAAUGCACUUUUCUUUUACAAGGAUAGCCUAAGAAACUAAUCUACAAGCACAGGAGCACUGAUUCAUACACUGCAAAACAUUGUAUCUUGGCAAUAAAAUCAUCUAAAUGUAGCUUAAAUGUCUAAUUAUUAAUUCGCUUUUUGAGAUUAUUAAAGCAAUAC